AUGGCAGCGGCUGACAAAGAAAACUGUAAUGUUUCUACUGUUCGAUUCUCACUAGAUAAUUAUAAAAUUGAUAGAUAUGGUAAAAGAUUAUUACAUUUAUGUAAAAGUACACAGAUCUUUUUUGUGAAUGGUCGUUGUGGAUCUGAUCGUGGUAUAGAAUAUCGUAUUGUAAUAAUCGGCAAGACUGGAACUGGUAAAAGUAGUCUGGGUAACAGUAUAUUGUCGUAUAAAGAUGACGAAAACCGCCCUUUUCCAUCACAAACUUCAGCAAAUUCUGUAACUAAAACGUGUCAAAGGGGCUUUGUGUCCUUAAAACACAAAAAAACAACGUUAAUUGUCAUCGACACUCCUGGGCUGUUUGACACAAAUAUAGCCAAUGAUGAAACCAUCACCGAAAUCGUUAAAUGUGUUGCUUUAGCAGCUCCUGGUCCCAACUUGUUCUUAUUUGUACUGAGUCUUAAACGGUUAACCAAAGAAGAUAUCGAUUCAAUUGAACUGUUAAAAUCCACAUUUGGUAAAGAUGUCCUUAAAUAUGCGGCGGUAGUUUUUACUUGCAAGGAUGAAUUAGAGUAUAAAGAUAUACAGGAGUACAUUGAGGACAGUCAACAAUUCCUGAAAGAUUUGAUAUUUGAUUGUGGUGGUCGGUAUGCAGCUAUUUGUACCAAAAAGUCGAGAACCAACAAUUACAAAAAAGACGUAAAAGGCGUGCUUGAUUUAAUUACCCACACCAUUGAAAGCCAUAGUUACAAAUUUUAUACAGCAGAGAUGUUCAAAGUCGCUGAUACCAUUUUAGAGAAAGAGGUUGAAACUCGAUCAGAGAAGGAACCCGAGAGAAUGAAGGAAGAGAUAAAAGAAGAAGUUAAAUCUGAAAUUGAAAAGAAAGAUUCUGGUUCAGAACAAUCUGGGUUAUGGCAAGCGUUGAAUGCCGGAGUUAAAGCAGCUAUUCCAUGGGCAAAGUGGGCAUGGGGAGCGGUAACAGGGUGGUAA